ACUGGCGAAAUAUAUUCAGUUACUUACCCCUCCUUUUUAGCAUGCAUCUUCAAUUUCCUUUAUUCGCUAUCUGGGUUCAUAGUUAGAAAAGAAAUUUCCUUGGUUCUUCUCUUUACAAAUAAAUUAAACCGGUUAUCCUCUUUUUUUUUUAAAAAAAAAAAUCUUUUUUAAUGCGCAAACUGAAGACUGCUAUGGUUCAAAUGCAUUUAAUUUAAAAUUUACUACUUGAAGAAUGUAUAUUGCCUUUUGUAUAUUGAUUUGUUUAGCUUAAUCUAUAAAAUAUUAUUGAUUGAACCAUACUCAGUGAAAUUUUAUUUACUUUCUCAUGACCUUUUUGUAUGUACGAAAAAGUUUGAAGCUUUUUCAUUGUGCAUAGUAUAUUGGGACAUAAAGAUGUAAAUUCAAGUUCCAUCUUAGCAUGUAAUAGAGAAUGAAAUAAUGUAAUGUAAUCAUAUACUCAACAAAAAAUAUUUGUCCACAUAUUAUUAUUUUUGAGGUACGCGAUUUCGAGAUUUGCUCGUCAGUUUUGAUACGAGAAACUUUGUCAUUCUAUUGAUCUUUGAUUUUUAGAUUCUAUUAGUGUAUCACGAUUUUCUUUUUUCUGAAUUAGUGUUAUGAUUUAGUGGCAUUGAUGUGUUUGAUUAUAUAAUUCUAGCUGAAAAAGAUGAUGAAGGUCAAGAUAUUAUGCAAUUAAGUUUAUUUGGUUAUAGUUUACUGUUUUCUUUUAAAAUUUUUCUGCUAUUUAGUUUAGUUUCACUUAAUUUUUGCAUUACUUUUUUAUUUAUAGGGUGAAGAAAGCUUGGUGGAAGUUUGUUGUCUUUAGUUGAUAUGGUUAUAAUCAAUCUAAGACUUCAGGUGCCAACUUCAUCCGAACACCCGAAAACAAAACAAAAAUGUCUAAGUUUUCGUUUCUGUUUUUCUGUCUGAUCAUCACUGUGGUUUCUUUCGGUGGCAUUGUGAAUGGCCAUGGAGGAAGUAAGGUUGGGAUCUAUGAGCUCAAAAGGGGAGAUUUCACCGUGAAGCUGACUAACUUCGGCGCCCGAAUCAUGUCCGUCGUCCUCCCCGACAGGAAUGGGAAGCCGGCUGAUGUUGUUCUUGGAUAUGAUUCCAUUAAGGAGUAUCUAAAUGAUACAAGUUCUUUCGGAGCAAUUGUGGGUCGGGUCGCUAACCGGAUCGGGGGUGCUCAGUUCACUCUAAAUGGCAUCCAUUAUAAGCUUGAUGCCAACGAUGGAAACAACACGCUGCAUGGUGGAAGACUUGGAUUUAACAAAGUUACUUGGAAUGUGAAAAAGCACGUGAAAUAUGGACCAACUCCAUUCAUUGUGUUAAGCUACGACAGUUUUGAUGGUGAAGAAGGAUUCCCAGGAAACCUUUCCGUGACAGUGACUUAUGCUCUGCUUCAUCCAUACAAAUUAGGCGUAAUAAUGAAGGCAAAAGCCCUAAACAAGGCCACUCCUGUGAAUCUCGCAGCACACAGUUACUGGAAUCUCGGCGGACAUAACAGUGGCGAUAUCCUCUCCGAUGAAGUUCAAUUUUUUGCCUCACGUUACACAGUGGUGGACAGCCACCUCAUCCCGACCGGAAAAAUUGCGCCGGUGAAAGGGACGCCGUUUGAUUUCCUUAAACACCACAAAGUCGGAAGCCGGAUAACUGAACUUUCGGCUACAUUGGGUUAUGAUCUCAACUAUGCACUUGAUGGUUAUGAAAAGAAGGAUAAUAAGGUUAUGAAAUUGGCAGCAAUGGUGUAUAGUAACAAGACUGGAAUUGGGAUGAAGAUAUCAACCAGUGCUCCAGGGAUGCAAUUUUACACCGCUAAUCACGUUAAGAACGUGAAGGGAAAAGGCGGAUACGUUUAUCAACCCCAUUCUGCGUAUUGUUUCGAGACUCAAGGUUUUCCUGACGCCGUCAAUCAUCCCAAUUUUCCUUCCACGAUUGUUAAUCCGGGACAAGUUUAUACUCACUUCUUGCUGCAUGAAUUCGUAACCAAGAUAUAAUUGAUCAUUA